AUGACCCCGAUUUCACGCCUAAUUCUAGCUGAUCUCCCAGUGAGUACAGUUUGUGCCAGUGACUCCGAUUCUACUGAGUUCGAGCCAGGAGAUCGUGUUCGUCACUUGCCCUGUCGGCACUUUUUUCACGUGCAGUGCAUCGACACGUGGCUUCGCACUGCUGAUAACUGCCCAACUUGCCGGGGAAAGGUAGUCCCACUGUAUGAGCAACUCGGACGCCAGCACUCGGCCGACGCCCGUCUCCAGGAGUCGUCACGAGCCAACCGCGAAGCUCCCGCGAAUGUCGCCAGGAGCACUCGGCCGCGACAGGCUCACGCGUCGACCUCAACUACUGAUCGCCAGACAAGUGAAAGACUCAGCCGUCGUGCGAAUGGUGUUGGGCCCCAAGAGAACCGAGCCAGCCGUCUUAGACGUCUUCGAUUCAUUGAAAGACAGUCAACGGAGGCCGCCAGAUCCGGGGAGUGCCUGACAACGUACACCUCCGCGCACAGAUUCUGCGGACACUCAGCCUGCCCGAACAGACCGAGGGGAACGAAUUCACAGGAGACGUUCUUGUUUCCGCUUGGGGAAGAUCUGUGCCAAGGCGUGAUUUCCCUGUCAAUCACUCCGUCAGAACUGCACUCUGAAGCGUCGCACGCCCAGCCUCAUUCGGAGGCCCAAACGGUGAGCCCGUCUGGUCUUUCACGUCGGGACUUCUUCCGCUUACCAAAGGCUGCAGAGUGUGGCGUAGUACACGUGGCAGCAGAUCUGAGUGAAGAGCCGCGCCGACGCGCCGUCGAGGCUGCUCUUCGACGCUUCAGAGAAAACGCCCAGUAA